AACUGAGCAUUUGCAUUCGUAUAAUGAGAUCGAUUGCAGAUUGUUUAUUUUGGCUUGUAUCAUUUAUUACGUUUUUAUUGCUGCCGCUAUAAAUUAAGUGCGUGCUGCAUCAUAUUUCGUUAAUAUUGAUAGGUCGCGUGAUUUCGUGUGACGUUAUUUCUGAGACUUUGCUACAAUUUGUGGUGGGAUGCAGGGAAGCCCUCGGUGUCCUUCAUAUGCUGCGUCAUUUAUUUGACGAUACGUUUCCAUGGUGAUAAUCGAUAUUGCACUUGAAUAUGCUGUCUAAACUGAAAUAUAAAAACUAUGUCUUAAUUUUAGUGAAGUGUUUAUACCUCAUAAAGACUGCAGAGAGCGUCAUUCGUCACCAGCACUGAAGAGGAACAGUUGGCCACAUGGAGAAUGGAGACUGGGCACACAUGAUGAUGGAUACGGUUACCCUAAAUGUUGGUGGCCAUUUGUACACCACAUCGCUGUCUACCCUCCAGCGUUAUCCAGACUCAAUGUUGGGCGCCAUGUUCCGAGGCGAUUUUCCCACCACACGAGACGCCCAGGGCAACUAUUUCAUAGAUCGAGACGGUCCACUAUUCCGUUACGUCUUGAACUUUUUACGAACCUCAAAAUUGACCCUACCAUGUGACUUCAAAGAAACAGAGCUCCUCCGGAAGGAAGCAGACUUCUACCAGAUAGAGCCCUUGAUCCAGUGUUUAGGUGACACUAAACCUCUCUACCCGAUGGACACCUUUGAGCAAGUGGUAGAACUGUCAAGCACUCGUAAGCUCUCCAAGUACUCGAACCCGGUGGCAGUCAUCAUCACCCAACUCACCAUCACCACCAAAGUUCACGCACUGCUUGAAGGCAUCUCCAACAGCUUCACCAGAUGGAAUAAACAUAUGAUGGACACCAGAGACUUUCAAGUGUCCUUUACCUUUGGACCAUGUGACUACCACCAAGAGGUGUCCCUUCGUGUGCAUCUGGUGGAGUACAUAUCCAAGCAAGGCUUUACUAUUCGCAACACACGAGUUCAUCACAUGAGUGAACGCGCCAAUGAGAACACAGUAGAACAUCAUUGGACUUUCUGUAGAGUUGCGCACAAGGUUGAGGACUGAUUGAUAACAUUACUGUAACUCUGAGAUAGCCAAUUGAGCAAUCACAUGUUUGACGAAGACAUGGACAUUUUUAAUACUAGUUGCGGCUCAAAAUUAAGGCAAUUCCGAAAUUACUUGAACACAACACAUCUGCACUGCAGUUCUUGGUUGAGAUAACCAACAAUAAACACAAUGAAAAUGUUUUCUGUAGUACGCAAUUCAGGCGAACUAGUCCUAUUGUGUUUUAUGCGUCUUCCCACCCACCUUCAGAAGUUAAUGGACAAUAGGAACCUGAACAAUUUGCGUUUUUCGUUUCUACAAGUACAGUAUGCCGUGUUUAGGGUAAAUUCCUUCCUAAACUGCCAUGUCUCCAAAUCUAUUUAUACAACUCUUAAAUGUAAAAUUUGAACAUAUUGCAUCAGUGUUAAAUAUACAGUAUUCAAUAUUUCCACAGAUGUUUUGUCCUGUGAUUGAGUCUUUAAAUUGUAAAUGGUUUGCAUGAUUCUGUGGUAUCUACACUAUUAGUACUUAGACAUAUUUCCUCCCUUGAGAUACAGAAAAAAAAUUUGUACUUGCAUGUCCUCCCUCUCAAUAACUCUUAUGGCCAGCUUCUGGACCAGGCCAAAUUUUGGGGUCCCAACGUCCCAUUUAACAAUUAAUUUUAGUAUCAAAAUGCAUGCAAGGCUAGCAUCACUGAAGGUGAAAGCAUCUUUUAAAUGGUUUGAAAACCCAGUUUAAAUUGAACGAGUUCAUUCAUGUGUGUAAUAAACUGGACCUGCGCAUUAAAAACAGUAGUUUCAUCAUA